GAGAGACGUGGACGCUGCCGAUCACCAUGGCUUCCACCCCCUCGGCCUCUGCCCUGUCCGCUGUUCUCCGGUGCCGGGGGAAUAUCUGGACGAGGAAUCCGCCGGCGAAGCGGCCUGCCAGCUCGGCGUACGGCCUCGGACUGGCCGGCGGGGCGCUGCGCGACUCUCCGGGCGAGCGCAGCGGCUCACACCAGGCGUCAGCGGCGGAGGCUUCUCCGCACGGAGAGUGUGUGGCGGUGCUGGUGGGAAGAGGGCUGACUGUUUCGUACAGGUCGCACAGAGUGGGGGGUAAAGUUUCCAGGGAAGUGAAUAGAUUACGUUACCCAAAACUUUCGCAAUCUCCAGGGCACGCGCACUCAGCUGCGCAUGCGCUGAUGCGCGAGCUAGCGGGCAGACUGUCUGGAAAUAAUACAUGCUCUAAAAUAAUUCACGUUAUUAAAUUUGAAAAAUAUUCUUCACACACCCGCAAAAGCGCGUUAGUUAAAGACACGAGUGCAUUCCCAGCGCGCGUGCUGAAGCUGUCCGUGACGUCCCCUCCGUGUUCAGUGGGACAAAUCCCGUCCUUCGUGUUAAACGGCUGGUCUGCACUGAGGAGCACGUGCUUAUCUGUGACUUGUCUGGUGUCCAAAAUUCUGUUUUUGAAUUUGGGAGAGGUGCGUAGAUCAGGCAGCAGCCCCGAUGAAGCACCACGACAUCUGCUGUGCCAGCGGGAUGAGAAAAACUCCAGCAGCCGGGCCCUCCAGGCAAAUGAACAAACCUCCUCCAAGAACAACUCCAGCUUAGCACAAAAGAUCACACAGGAAGGACCUGACUGAGUCCAAGGCCUCCGUGCCAGAAAGAGGCGCUGAUCAACAUCAUUUAUUGACUUUUCAGGACACACACCACAUCUGGACUUCAACCUGCUGAUAGAAACCAACCAGCUGUUUUUGAUCGCACACAAACGAGUGACAAAUGAAUGGAAGAACCGAAAUGAAGCGACUGGCUUCCACAAACACCAUUAGUGCUUUUUGGCAGUGACUCUCCAAACCUCUGAUUCGGGCAAGACCAUCUUUACUGUAAAAAUAUUUUCCCUUAUCUGUUGUUUCGAUGAUAGUGAUCAAGGGCAAAGUCCCACAUGCACUGGUAAUCAAUUAGAUUGAGAUCAGAUUGAGUCGCAUACUGUGGCAAAGGCUACAGCAUGUCAUCCAUAUCAUUUUCACCCUGUUAAGAUCUUUCAGUGGUUGGGGAUAUUGUCAUCAUGGAAGAGCCCACUCCCAUCAGGACUAAAAUAUUUCAUCAUUAAGCUGAUGUUUCUGCAUAACUUUGUAUUGAUUUGAAGUGGAUCACCACUGUAGGGGCCUACAGCGAGUCCCCUCUCUGUAGGGUUCAGUGGUUCAGGUUUUUUUCCUUUAAUUUGCCACUUGUCUGUAUGAGCAACAAGAAACAAGCAUGUAUUCCAAGUCUUCCCAAUGGAUAAGCUCACCUUGCGUGCUGCAUUCUGUUUGUCAGGGCUCAGUGUUUCCAGUGGGAGAAACGUGUUAUCGCUCAUCCAGGUGACCUCUUCAGGCUGACAGAAGAAGUCGGCUGUCUGCAGGUUUCUCCAGCCAACUGAAAAUGCUGCGCUCAGAUGAACAGAAUCAACUUUCUGCAUUAAAACUCUCACCCUGCA